AUGCCCGUGACGCCAGAACAACGACGGUUUUAUCUCGAAUCCAUCGCGUGUGGAGUACUCAAGACAAAGGAAGACGCCGGUGAGCUGGCUUGUCGCACGUUUGCUUGGACAUCUGGACGCGAUAACGCGUCAAUUCUCGCCCGUCAAAGCCGAGCGUUGAAGGAAAUUUACGAAAAAGGGCUGGUUGUCGCGCGCUCCGGCGCGCAUUGCGCUGAGUGGUGCUCUACUCCAGAGGGAUUCGCGUUCUACAAGUGUACUUUACCGAUAGCACACGCUAAGACGCUGCGGAAAGAGUUGUCUUUCGCGCUUACGAAUGGAUUGAAUCUUUCGACGAAGACGCACUUGCUAUUCUUUUGCGUGUCGAACGAAACCAACGUCUUCGCAGCAAACUUGAAUUGGCACGCGUGGAGCGAUUGGAUGAGUCGAUACGACAGUAUUCAUGAACUUGGGGAGAAACAUUUGAAUGUCACCCGACAGUACGCAGAAAGAGCGCAGCAUCGACAAGGGAUAUCAGACCAAGCCAAGGCGACUCGGUCGCGCCAUGAGCGUCUCGCUGCGGCGUUGCUGUUGAGCGACGUGUUGGCGAGCGACGACACCACCGUCGACAUUGCGCGCAAAUGGUCAACGUUAUCGAACAAUCCCGUCAACCGUGGGAUGAUUCAAUCUCUUCAAAACAGCGCGGCGACGACGGCGGGCAUGGCGAGCGUGCUGUGCGAACAGUGCGGCUGGCACGCGCUCGCAGGUCUUUUGCAAAACGUUAGCGAAGAGUUGCAAGCUGGCGCGCGACGAGAGCUAUUACCGCUGAUGCGUCUCGAAGGCAUGACCGGCGCAAGAGCACGAGCUCUACAUAACGCCGGACUAACGACGCCUGCGAAAAUCGCGGCACUUCAGAGCGAUAAGUUUGACAAGCUGCAAGAUGCUUGCCUGCGUUCGCUGACGCGAUCGAGAAACGGCGGCUUGGAUCAAGCCAUGCGUACCACGGCGUGGAGAAUCGCAAGCGCUCUCGUGCAAUCGGCUCGUGAAGCGACAAUCGAGGAGGCGAAACGGGCGUUGGAAGACGAUUCUAACGCUGAAUGGUUAAAUUAA